UUUAGAUAUCAAGUCUGAAACUCAGAGGUGUCAAACGGGUGUUGGAUUACCUUGAACCUGGAUGAUCUUCAGUCGAGAAGCCGCUGGUUGGAGCGAGCAGACGCUGUCUCUUUGCGCUCUGACGGAGGGGGCUGGCUUUCUCAGAUUGAAUCCAGCUGUGGUGAAAGACGGAAGACGUGAACGUGCCUUCCUAAAUAAUCUGUAGAUCGGGCAGAAAAGGACGGAAGCAGAGUGGCCCUUCCUGCAACACUUGGUAAAUGUACCGAAGCUUCAGUUCGAAUAGACAGCGGUUAAUGAAAACCUGGUGUCGGCUUUCGCGUAAAGGCGCAUAGUCCGAGGGCGGUGAGAGCCCUGCUGGCUAGUGGCGAGGGGAUCUGGGGAGAAUUUACGGGCCUAAAUCUCUCCUGUGAGAGAGCUCAAUAGGAACCAUAAACCAUGCUUUUUGAAAUGCGUGGCUGCAGGUUUUGCACAUCUGCAAGGAUGUUGGCAGCUCUGGUUUUUAUUGUGCUUUGUGUCCAGUCGGGACACGGACAGACCUGCACAGAGGGCUUUGCAUAUGACCGCAGGGCAAGGCAGUGCAUAGAUGUGGAUGAGUGCCGUGCCCUGCCAGGUGUUUGUCGAGGAGACAUGCACUGUGUGAACCAGAACGGAGGCUACCUGUGCAUGCCGAGGAGCAUGUACGACCAGCAGUACAGACUGGAGACCCCGAGCCUGCCUGAGCCAUUUUACCCGGAGUCACCGGGUGGAUAUUCAGACACUUUCCCCGCAGCUCCUCCCAGAUCCGUAGAGCCCAGCUACCCGCGAGUUAGGGGCACUGCGCAUUGCAUCUUAGGCUACGCUCUUGCGGACGAUGGCAGUUGUAAUGACAUUGACGAAUGUGAGACAAACUCUCAUCACUGUAACCCCACCCAGGUCUGCAUCAAUACGUUAGGUGGCUACACCUGUUCCUGCACUGAGGGAUACUGGCUCAUUGGUGCACAGUGCCACGACAUUGAUGAAUGUCGCUAUGGUUACUGCCAACAGCUGUGUGCCAACGUCCCCGGUUCUUACUCGUGUUCCUGUAGCCCCGGCUUCAUCCUCAACCCUGACGCCAGGACCUGUCAAGAUGUGAAUGAGUGUGAAGAGGAACCAUGCAGUCACCGGUGCUUCAACACUUAUGGAUCCUUCAUGUGCAACUGCGACGAGGGGUUCGAGCUGGCGGCUGACGGUACCUCCUGCAUUGACCUGGAUGAGUGCAGCUUCUCAGAUUUUCUGUGUCAGCACAGAUGUGUGAAUGCACCGGGCUCUUUCACCUGCAUCUGUCCGCCUGGAUAUUAUGUUUAUGAGGACGGCAGGAGCUGUGAAGAUAUCAAUGAAUGUGACACUGGUAACAACACCUGUACAACAGCACAAGUGUGUUUCAAUUUCCAGGGAGGCUAUACAUGCCUGAAUCCUUUACAGUGUCACCCUCCUUACAUUGAAGUCAGUGACAAUCAGUGUAUGUGUUCAGCUGAGGUCCCUGCCUGUAGGGACAGGCCCUUCACCAUUUUGUACCGACACAUGGACUUGUCGUCGGGGCGCAGUGUGCCUGUAGACAUCUUCCAGAUGCAGGCCACCACACGCUACCCUGGCGCCUUUUACAUCUUCCAGAUAAAGUCGGGCAACGAAGGACGAGAGUUUUACAUGAGGCAAACCAGUAACGUGAGCGCCACCCUCGUCUUGGCACGACCAAUCAAGGGGCCAAGGGAGGUGGUGCUGGAUUUGGAGAUGGUCACAGUCAACCAUGUCAUCAACUUCAGAGGCAGCUCCAUCAUACGUCUGACGAUAUUCGUCUCAGAGCACCCGUUCUGAGUUUCCCAAAUGAAUUUAGUCCAUCCUAGAAAAUCUCGCUGCGCUUUUCCGCAGCUGAUGUUUGUUUGAGACAAUUCAUCAUAUUAAAAAAAAAAAAA